UAUGAUAGGAUGAUAUCGAUAAGUUUUCGAUAAUACCAUUAACAUAGAAUGUUAGACUUAACAGUUACUUAAAAGAUCAUUUGAGCAGCCCCAGUUCAUUUGAGCAAUAACAGCUUUGAAGCAUAAGUAUGACAAGUAGACGCGGUGGUUCCUGUUAACGUAUUAACAUUCAAGAAGAAUAACAUUUGUUGUUGUUUUGCCGUCGGAGUAGCAUGUACGUCGCGCGUCGAAUGAAAAAAUAAUAAUUUGUUUGAAAAAUAAAACGACAACUGAAUGCGCAUACGUAUAUAUUACUUGUGCGUUUCAACAAUAUUUGGGAUAUAUGUACAUGCAUCAAACAGCAAAUACACAUCUGAUUUGUGGCGGACGUGUGUGUGUGUGGGCGCGCAAAAUCGUUAAUUAUUUUGAUUAAAAGUGGAGAAAAUAAAUACAGAAUUUGUGUAUGCUUGCUUGUGAAAUUGGCAGAGCCCUCCGCUUCUGACCACUCCGCGCCGGACGACAUUCGCGAAAAUAAACACAAAAAUAGCAAUAUUCAAUCCAAAGAACAACGCGCGUGUGUAUUUUGGCUAAGACAGGAAGAGAUCAUUUGCCAAAAAGAGCAAGCAGCAUACGUGCAUAUGUGUGCGAAUGUGUGUUGAAGUUGCAUGUGUGUGUGCAUACAAGUAAAUGUAAAUAAAAAGAAAAGUGCAAAGCGAAAGUUCAAUUGUGUAAAAUCUUGAGUGUGCGUCAAGCGUUUGUUUAGCUUUUUUAUUUGCUUGUAUUUGUGCGUCUCGGGCAGCGCGCGUGUUAGAUAAAUAACGGCAGUUGCAACUGCCGCCGCCACAGCUCUCCACCCGCGAGACACAUGCACAGAAACAACAACAACAGCGACAACGAAAAGAAAAAGAGCUGCAAAACUAAAGGCAAACGGAAAAGCAAGAGGCAGAGCAAUUGUUUCAAGUGAAUUGCAAUAAUUUGUGUUGGCUGGCCAGAUGUGUUUAAUAAAUGAUUGCGAUUGCGCCAGUUGUAUAUUAUUAUGGCCUUGUUGAACAAACUGUUCUUUCCGUCGGUACCAGCGCCAACCGCAGCAGCAGCACCCACGCAAGCGACGCCAUCGGCAGCGGCACCGCAGUUCUCUGCGCCCCAAACAACCCCAACAACAACAGCGCAAGCAACGCUAAAUUAUGGCCAAACAACAGUAGCGGAGGCGGCAUCACGUACUCACGCCUCUGCCGGCAACAAUAGUUCGUCGUCCGCAAAAGCUACGCAAACGUCCAGAAAUUAUCUAAGCCAAUUCCCCUUCGAUGCGAGCCAGGUGCGCGUCCUGCUCUAUAGGGAGGACGACAGUCACGGCAGGCGUCUGCUCUUCGACUCGCAUGCCCUGCAGAAGGUGACGCUGAAGGAACCCAACAACGGCAGCAGCAGCAGCAGCAGCUCGGGCGGCAAGUUCCUCAAGAAUGACAAGUACACGUCGCUGCAGAAUGGCAAGAUUCAGGCCAAGGCACAUUCCAACAAUAACGGCAGCAACCUGAUCGAAGUGUGCCCCGAAUAUGGCUACAAGCACAAUCGUCCGACGGGCGCGGAUAUUACGCCCAUUGGCGAGAUGGUCUUCGGCUCGCUGGCCAUGUCCUUCUGCGGCACCGCGCUCAAGGUGCACUGGCUGCCGCAGCCGGCACGCAUACUCUGCUCCCAGGUGUACCUGACGCCCACGGGCAACGCAGCUGGCACGGGGACGGGAGCCGGCGGCGCUGGCAGCCACUCGCCCUAUUCCACGCUCUCGAUGAACAGUUUGACGCCGCGCAGCUCCAUUUGCAGCGAGCACGGCUCCAUGGAUGGCCUGUCCAUGAACUCCUUCUCCAUGCCGUUCAGCGUCAGCGUCGGCCGGCACAUGAGUCUGACGCCGCCGCUGGAUGUGCCCACGGCGCCGGAUCAGCAGUCGCUGUCCAUUGCGGACAGUGGGCCGCGCUUCUCCUCCACGUACAGCAAUGCCACCGAUUCCGGUUACUCGGCCAGCGCCAGCGGGAGUGGCAGCGGGAGCGGGAGUGGGAGUGGCACUGGCGGCGCCUAUUCCAGCGGGGAUCAGUGGUCGUAUCAGUAUUCCACGCGCAGCAGCUUCGGCAGCGUCCUCUCCGACCAGUCGGAGGCGAUGCGCAAGCUCAGCCUGGACGAUUGGGCCUUCUAUGCCAGCUCGCCGCACCUGGACGAGUUCGCCAGCGAUGGCUGCCUGCAGCGCCGAAUCUCGCGCAAUCUGCGCACCUCCUUCGAGUACGAGCAUUCCAAGAACGAUUUUAUUGGCUUCUUCAGCGACAACUACGCCGGCAACAGUGCUCCGCCCAAUGGCAACAAUUCCGCUUCCGCUGGCGCUGGCGUCGCCGCCGCCGCCGGCGGCAGCGAGGGAGGCGGCAUGGCUCCACCUCAGUACAGGCGCGCCAGCUACUGUGCGAACGAGUCGCGCAGCAAUCCGGAGAUGGGACGCCGCCAGGCGAAUCUGAGACGUCGCCCGAAGCUCGGACUGGCCGUGUGCAUCACCAUGAGCGAGUCCUUCGAGGAGGAAAUGGAACUGUUCUGCAGCGAGCACAUUGCGCUGCUCGAGUCCAUGCUGAGUCGUCUGCGGGCCAGCACUGAGCACGCCUACAUCAAUCACAAGAACUUCUUGCAGAUCAUGUUCCAGGCCUGGCAGGAUGCGCAGCGUUGGUUCAGCGAUCUGUUUACGGCGCCGCGCAUUAAGACGCCCGUCUGGCUGAGCAUCACCACGAGUGGCAGCAAGUACUCCAAGACCGUGGCCGAGCGCUUCAUGAAGGAGCUCUGCGAUCUGCUCUCCUUUGCCGACACCAAGGACUCCAACUUCUUCAUCAGCACCAUGCUGACGGGCAUACUCACGUAUCAUCUGGGCUGGGUGGCCACCGUGUCGGCCUUCAAUAGCUCCAGCUCGCGUCGCUGCACUGCAUCGGCCUCGUCGGCGGCCAUUGAGCGGCGCGCCAAGCUGCUGCAGGUCUCCCAGAAGCAUCCGUACAAUGCGCUGUGGGCACAGCUGGGUGAUUUGUAUGGCGCCAUCGGCAUGCCGCCCAAGCUGGCGCGCACCAUCAUCUACGGCUCGGAGAAGAUGUGGGUGGACAAGCUGCUCAAUGUGCUCACCUACUUCAUACGCUGCAGCGAGGUGCGACGCGCCGCCAAGCGGGAGGACUUCAACAAGCAGCUCAUCAACGAGCUGGUGAUCAGCCAAAGCGGCCAGGAGCGGCACAAGAGUCCGCCCGCCAUGCGGCGACGUGCUGCGGCAGCUGGCGUUGGCCUCAGUCGCACCACCACCUGCAAGCAGAACCUGAAUGCCAUUGUGGAUGACGAUGAUCUGCAGCAAGAGGAUGAACUGGGAAGCGGGGAUGAGGAGCUAGAGCUAGAGCUGGAGCUGCAGCAGCAGCAACAGCAACAGGAGGAGGAUGCCAAGCUGAUUGGCACACUGAAGAAAAACGAGAUUCCGACGGUGCUGGCAUUUCGCGACUCGCACUUUGUGCAGCAGGAGCUGCGCAUUGGCAACUACCUCAUGGACACGGGCAUCGAGAAGAAGGCGCUGCUAGCGCGGCAGGCCCAAAAGUACUUUCGCACCGGCAAGGAUGGGCGCAUACGUUUGACUGUGACGACGCCGGAGAACGUGGAGAUGUGCAUGGAGGAGGACUCGAAUGCCGGCUCCGUCGGCACCGGCGGCAGCAUUGACGACGGCGCCAUCGAAGCCCUGGAGUUCGAUGAGAGCCGAACAGCUGCAGCAGCAACUGCAGCGGAAACGGAUCCGAAUCCAGCGUUGCCCUGCAAGAAGAACUUCUUCUGGAACAUAGUGCCCACGACGGGCGUCAAGGAGGGCUUCAGUCUCAGUGAUCUCGCGAAGCUGCAGCAGGGCGUCAAGAUCAUAAAUCGCAAGCUGGAGCGCCGCAGUAGCAGUUACUCCGUGGAGAACGAGCCGCCGUCCGCCGGCAACGAGUCACUGGAACAUCUGGGAGCGGAUCGCCGUGUCUCGCAUUUGUCACUGUCGGAUCUGAUCACACAGAACAGCAUGGGCAAGAGCGAUCGCAUGACGUGGGGCAUUGAGCCCAUCAAGGAGAAUGUCAGUCUCGAGGAACAAAUCCACUUUGAUCUCUGCCAGAAGCUCAUCGAACGGGAGCACGGCAUCUGCCGCCAGACCUCAGCGGACAAUGGCAAUGGCGUUGUCUUCGUCCUGGGCGACAAUGAGCCGCUGAUAAAUCUCAAGAAGAGCAACGAGGAUCUCACCGAUGAGGCAAAGCCCUCAAUGCUGUGCGCCCUGCAUCAGCGCACCCAUGACGCCAGCAUGGCCAACAAGAAGCACUCGGGCAUGAAGUUCAACUUUCAGCAAUAUCCGCAGAUUGCGACGAACUACAUGAAGAGCAAGAAUCUGGUCAUGUCCAACUACGAUCUGCUGAUGGACAAGGUCAGCAAGCUGGAGGCCAGCGAGUCCCUCAAGUCCAGCGACAGCAGCGUCACCCUGCAGCAGCAGCAACAACAACAACAACUGGCGGCCAGCAGCAGCUCCACAAUUUCGCCAGCGGCUGUGGGCAGCGAACGUUGCAUCGUGUGCAACAGCGGAGGCGCGCUCAGUGGCGGCGCCACGUACCAGACGCCCUCCAACGCGACCGAGCUGGAGUUUGAAACGGACGAGGUGCACUGCUACAACGAGAGCAGCAACAGCUCCAGCGCCUUGCAGCCGGUCAACUCGGCUGCCUCCAUCGAUACGCUGAAGUCGAUGCCGGAGCCGGCGUCCACGCCCAGCUAUACGCGACGGGUCCAGGCGAAACGUGUGAACUCGCAGCGCAGCUCCGUCUCAUCGGUGGCCGCCAAGUGUGCGGCUGUCAAUGAGUCGCAGCAGAUGCUGAAGCUGCCCGUGCCGGGCAUCAAGGAGCUGCCGCAAGAGGAUGAGCCGCCCGGCGACAAGCUGCGCGCCGGCUUCAUUCCAUCGCUGAUGCUGAGCGUCAGCGAUCACUACGUCUCCGACAUGGUGCUCCAGGGCACGUGUGCACCGCCGUUUAAGUGGGAAAUGAAUCUACGCGAGGACCUGGCGCUGGCCGCACGUUCCGCCUCGCUCAUCUCACAGCCGGCGGAGAACAUUGCCAUUGUGGCGGACAUGGAUAAGUGGGAUGUGCGUCUAAUCUCAUCGCAGUCACAGCAGUUCCCCUAUGCCGGCGGCCAGAGCUCGCCGGUGGGCAUGUCCCAGCUGGUUUCCAGCAUGCUCGAGACUGUCCAGGCCAUGCACGCCGGCGGCAUACCCGCCUACGACUGCCUGUCCUUUCUGGAGUCCAAGCUGCAGGAGAUCUACAUGCAAUCGGAAACCUUGGCUGCAUUUCUUCUCGAAACGGAUCCCUGCCGUCUGGGCGACAUUACGACACCGCUGCAGCUCUCCGAGAAUGAUGUGCCGCUGCUGCUCUCCAUUGCGUACAUCCAUACGCCCAAGAUUAGUCGCAAGUGCGGCAUCAGCUUCAGAUGACAAACGCGUCUGGGCCGGACCAACAAUCAUUGCCAAAACAUAAUUAAGAGCCAGUUCAUCAAGCUUCAUCCUCUCACGCAUCAUCCAAAGCGAAACAAGCGAAAUACUCCAGCGAAUUUUCAUUUCACUGACUUUGUGAUAUAUAUAUAUAUAUUUAUAUGAAUAAUAGCGUGUAGUAAAAGCAGGUUACGUUAGUUAGGGCAUACGGCAGCUUAACAUAACAAACAAACAAACAAACACUCAUACUCUAUAGAAGUCGCACCUGUCAUCCAUUAUGGCAUUAAUAUUAACAUUUAUAAUUAUAUACCAUACCAUAGCAUACAACGAUAUAAUUUAGGGAACCCACUCAUCGCAGUCACAUGAAGAAGUAUUGUAAAUUAUUUGAUUUAGAUUUAGUUAGCAUGAUUGUGUGCACGAUUUAGUAGCACUCGGGGCUGCUAUCGAUCGAUAUCAUGGUAUCAUGUGCUCGAGCUACUCGUAGUGUUUGCAUUAGAUUUAAUAAUUUAUGACAGCAAUAAUCUAUUAAUUGAUUUAAUUAUAUUAUUCACCUUACACUGCGUAUACAUAAGUUUAUAUUGAAUAAAGUAGGGGACCAUCGGUUAGCAUUCGACGAUUAACUACACGUACAUAAACACAUGUAUACCCAAGCAAUGCAUUAGCUCGCAUAAAAACUUUUGAAACAAAUACAAACUGUAAAAGCAAAAAUCAAA